AUGAAUGAAUACCCCUCAUCAGCAACCCCUCGAAGGAUCAUCGGUCUCCGCGAGAUAUGUGAAGUCAACGGACGCACCUUGACUCGAUUAAGAGGUACACAACAGUGGACUGAGCAUAGCUCAGCUCUCGAAAUACCCGAUUCGUCUCUGUCCUCUAUCAACCUUUCUCUCGUUUUGGAAGAUCAGGGCGAGGGAGAGCCGCGUCACUGGUUUCUCUUUGUUGGUCGGGAGAACGAGCCCGGUUAUGUUUAUCAGGUCAAAGGGGAUGCCGAAUACAUGACGUACGAGCCCUCAGAAGGACCGGUAGAGAUUGCAAGCGCUGAAAUCUGCCUGGAUAUUUAUCACAUUGCUGUCGUUAAUGAAGAAGAAGCUCUUUCGAUCAGAAAGGUCGCGGAGAGUGAGCCCCCUCCGCGUGCUCCAAGUCAACGAUUGGUUACAGAAAACUGUCAAGGCUGGACUAUACGUGUACUUUCCAGACUGGUUGAUAUGAGGAUUGUGGCUUCAGAGAAGUACCAGAUGGCGCAUGCCAUGCUGCAGCCAGUUUAA